UAUAGACUCAUAUCACAUACGCGCCAUUCUAAGCUCUCCCGUCCCCUCUUUAUCUCUACCACAUGACUGGCUUCGCACACGUACACUUCCACUUUGGCACUCCUAAUUCUAACCAAUUGAAAAAAAAAAUACCGCGCAAGGAAGUUGUCUGUUCGAUUCAGUUAUGCGCGAGGUAACAUGUAUUUUAUAAGCACUGAUAUCACGUUUCAAAGUAAUGAAUGCGGUUCUCCGAAGCAGGUUGUGUUGCUGGCCGAUAUUUCCGUGAUAUUUUACACGAACCACGUCGCCACUCGCCGACCUUCUUCGAGGCCUUGAGGGACGCUCCUUGUGUCACUGUAAAACUCGGGCUCACCCGAUGGUGAGCUGCUUAACAUGAAUUGGAUCGCCGCAGGCAACGAACCAAACGAAUCCCACUUGGUUCCGCGCGUUUCUUGUGAGCGACACGUUGUCAGAGACGUUCUGUCGGCACGGGCACUUCCAAGUUCAUGCGACGACGACGCUCGCCUAACCGCGCGGCCGAGAGCCGGGCUGCGCGGUGACUCAACGUACACGUGUCGGUCGACUCGCCAUCAUGCAGCUGGCGCGUCCUUUGCGUAGAGGCGCUUUGUACACCUCCUCGCCGAGUACGCACCGUUGUUGUUUCGCGACCCACGGAACGACCUCCCCGCGUUUUCUGCUGCCACCGUACGUGGAGCGGACAGCUAUCCAAUCGUGGAAUGGAAGGCAGUCGCACCUGUUGGCCGCCCGGGUGCGUCCGCUGUGCGCGCAGUAGCAGCAGCAACAGCAGCAGAUUCGCGCGCGCGCGCCUGGGUGUCACUGGAUGCUGCAGGAAAACGUUGGCUGCAGCCGCUUAAUUGGUCUACGCUUUGAAGAUGUGUGCAACCGGUCGUCGAGGGGGGUUUUCUUUUUUUUUUCCUUGCCGCUCUCGUCUCCAGCUUCCGGCGAGAGCAGGCGAGGGGAGAGUACGGUGCGACGGCUGGCUCUCUUGCGGGGCGAUAUGAGCGCGCGGCGUCAGCACGGCCGCCGACGAGCUCGGGGCGCAUGCUGCGAGUUAACUCACCGCCGGAGGUCAGCGACAGUCGAAGAUGGGCGCCGUGACAACGCCUCGGGAGGCUGCUCUCCAGCUGGAGCCGCUCGUGUGCCCCUCCAGCGAGUGCGAUCCACAGCCGGUGCAGGUGCAGGGUCGUCAAGAGAUGGAGGAGGACAGGCGGGCGCUCACCGCCGCCAACGGCCGGUCCCCGUGGCGUGCUCGACUGGUGCUGUCCGUGUGCUCGGCGUGCAUGGGCGGCGCGUCGUUCGGUCUCACGCUCAGCUACUCUUCGCCAGCGCUUCCUGACAUCCGACGCCGCAUGCCCUUCAGCGACAGCCAGAGCGACUGGUUCGGUUCGCUGGUCACGCUCGGUGCGCUCUUCGGAGGACUCGCUGGAGGCCAGCUGGUCAAUAGGCUGGGCCGCAAGGACACCAUCAUCUUCUCGUCGCUUGGCUUCGUGAUCGGCUUCCUGUUGAUCGAGGCGUCGCCACAGCCGAACGUCAUGUUCCUGGGUCGCUUCCUGACGGGUCUGUCCACAGGGAUCACCGCGCUGGCGGUGCCCGUGUUCGUCUCGGAGGUGAGCCCGCCCCAGAUACGCGGAGUGCUGAACACCCUGUGCACCAUCGCCGUCACCUCGGGCGUGCUGAUGGCCUACGUGCUGGGCAAGUGGCUCGACUACCAGUGGCUCGCCACGGCCUGCAUCGUGCCCUCGGUCAUCGUGGUGAGCUCCAUGCCGUUCGUGGCAGACUCGCCGAGGUGGCUGAUCCAGAGAGGACGCUCCGAAGAGGCCCUCAAGGCGCUGGAGUUCUACGAAGGAGCGGAAUGGGCUCGCGAGGAAUUCGACAGCCUUCAGGCAGCAGGAACAGUGGUCGAGCCGUUCUCGUUCGCCGAUUUCAAGCUUCCCUACAUCUACAAGCCAUUCCUGUGUGUUUUGCUCGGCAUGUUCCUGCAGCAGUUCUCGGGCAUCAGCAUCAUGCUGUUGUAUACGCAAGACAUCUUCGAGUCCGCCGGAUCGACCAUCGAGCCCAUCGACUGCACCAUCAUCGUGGGAGUUGUCCAAGUGGCCAGCGGCAUCGUAGCCACGCUGGCUAUUGACCGCUUAGGUCGCAAAGUGCUGCUGCUUGGGUCUUGCUUCCUGUCCUCCGUCAGCCUGGUACUUCUUGGAAUCUCGUACCACUUCAAGGAGACUCAGGGCCAGGCGUUUCUCGCGUCGUACGGCUGGCUCCCGCUGCUUGCUCUGUGCGGCUUCAUGGUCGGCUACUCGGUGGGCCUUGGGCCGCUGCCGUGGAUGCUGAUGGGCGAGAUGCUGCCACUGCGCGUCAAGGGCUUCGCCACUGGUGCGUCAACUGCUUUCAACUUCGGCUGCGGCGCCCUGACCUCCAAGGAGUACCACAGCACCAUGCGGCUGCUCGGGAACGACGGCAUCUACUGGUUUUACGGCGCAGUCAUGGCUCUAGGCUUCGUCCUGGUGUUAGUGUUUAUUCCCGAGACGCGCGGCAAGACUCUGGAGGAGAUUGAGGUGCAGUUCGGCAAGAGCGCUAACACCUCCACAGAUUCGAGAGAACAGCCAGGCCUCGUGAACGCAUAGCGAGUGACUCGUGCUUAGGAACUGGCAACCAUUUUUCGGACGUUCUUUUUAUAUGAUCUAUUUUAUUGCGUAUUUGUUGUGGACAUUGAGUGCAAUGAGUGCAUUUGUGUUGAGUCCCGACCGGUUCGCUAACUUUUGCCGGGGCAGUUCAUCCUAGUUGACCCGCUUGCGUUAUGGCGUCGUACUUCCGUGUUGAGGUGCGAGCCGUUUCACCUCGCGUGCUCAUGAGAUUAACCAACGAAUCUGUACUUAUUUUACAGGCUAAAGUCACCUUUCUGGACGAAAUAUGAUUUUGAAAUAUCAGUGUCUCAUUUUUUGGUGGUGGAGCAUCUUCCUAUUUCAUCGCAGUGAAACUUCUUACAGUAAAGGGGAAGUAAAGUGUUGUAAUACAAAAGCGACAGACAGUUCAGUAAGCAGUGAGCACACAAGUUCAGCAAAGCAUUCUUCUCUUGCGUUAGUCUUGUGAACUUUCUUGGGCACCGGUCAUCCAGCUAUGUGUCGUGAAAUUGCUAUUUUCAUUAGUAACAAUUGGAAGCAAUUGCCCGUUCCCCUGAAGAACUGUAUGGCUCUAUUGUUUCGACUGAAUUCAGUGGUCGGUUUCAAGUAUCAAUUAUGAAUGUUCCCGUGGAUCCUUCACGACCAACCAUUGUUUGUUCACUUUAUACGAUUCUGUGAGGACUACGGAAAAGCCGCCAUAUAGGAACAGGGUCAUUUACAUGACGAGAGAAGUAUACGGACUAUGCAGUCCAUUGAAGGCAGCGAUGUCUUACUACUUGUGCUCCUGAUUACUGUGCCGAGGUAUUCCACACCGUCAACAAAGCAGUCACUUCAUUAUCUGCGUCACUUGACUGAAACGUCAUUCACACAAGCAAUUUUUGUAAUUGAAUCCUUAGUUUUAUGUGCCUUCAUAAGGAGUGCUUAAUCCUUUGGGUCUCAUCAAAUAGUGUUCGAAAUUGUUAUGUUUGAUAUAAGAAUGUGCGUGAAUGUUUUUUUUUUUAUUGUGGUUUCUCUGCAUUUCCAGCAUAAUUUCUACCUCAUUGCUCAUUUCGAACUGUUUUAUUUUCAUCAAUUGAGUCAUUGUGUCAUUCAUUUACAAUAAAAGACAGGCAUAUCCA